AUGGAGAAAACUGUGGUGACGGAGUGGAAUCGAGUAUGUGACAACAAUUGGAGCCGUGCCCAUGUGCAUAUGAGUUAUUCACUCGGCUACCUUGUUGGUGGAUUGUUAGGUGGAUUCGUCAGUGAUCGAUAUGGCAGAAAAACUGCAAUCUAUGGAUUUGGCAUUCUUUCCUUGAUAUUCGGAUUUCUACUAGGAUAUUCACGCGAAUUCGAAAUAUUUCUAGUAGUGAGGUUUUUGUUGGCAGCCAGUAAUGAAGCCGCCGAUUUGGCUGCCUAUGUACUUUGUAUGGAGAUUACAGGAGUCAAAUAUCGUUCUAUCGUUGGUAGUCUUCUCCAAGCUCCAUGGGCAUGCGGUUAUGCUUUUCUGGCAUUAGUUGCCUAUCUCACCAAGUCAUGGACCGCAAUCCACAUGAUAACAGUCGGAUUACAUUGCAUCGCACUGGUAUUUAUACAUUUUUUGCCUGAGUCACCUCGUUGGCUGAUUUUGAUGAACCGAGUCGAGGAUGCCGAGAAGAUCAUACGCAAAGCCUGUAAAAAUAACAAAAGUCGUCUACCAAGUGACUUGGGACUUGUUCGACAUGCAGAAAAAAGGAAAUGGAUGAAAAAGGACGAGCGACCUCACUAUUUCCACCUGUUCCGCGCGCCUGAACUGCGUGUUCGAAAUAUCAUGCUAUUCAUUAUUUGGAUUGCUACUGCUCUUGUAUAUUAUGGACUUGUUAUCGCGCUAUCCGAUCAGUCAUCACCAGGAAGGUCAGUAUUUGAUGGCAAUUUCUUCCUCAACAAUGCUAUAGCAGGAGCAAUUGAACUGCCAACGUUAGCAGUGUGUGUGUUUUUGCUCAAGUAUGGUCGAAAAAGGUAAUU